AUGACCCUAACUACACACUUCAUUAACAAUGAUUGGAAGUAUGAAAAUAGGAUUCUAAGUUUUUGUUUAGUUCUUAAUCAUAAGGGUGAGACAAUUGGUAGAAAAGUUGAAGAGAUUUUAAGGGAAUGGGGAAUAAGGAAUGUGUCCACAAUCACUGUGGAUAACGCAACAUCUAAUGAUGUAGUUGUUGCUUAUUUGAAGAAGAGGAUUGAUAAUAUGGGUGGUUUAAUGAGUGAUGAAUCUUUCUUUCAUCUUCGUUGUUAUGCACACAUUUUAAAUCUGGUGGUUCGUGAUGGUUUAAAACAGAAUGAUUUAUCCAUUUCUGCCAUUAGAAAUGUUGUUAGAUUUGUUAGGUCAUCACCCCAAAGAUCUGCAAAGUUCAAAGAAUGUAUUGAGUUUGCUAGAAUUAAUUGCAAGAAACUUCUCUGUCUAGAUGUUCCGACAAGGUGGAACUCAUGUUAUUUGAUGCUAGAUGCUGCUAAAAAGUAUCAAGCAGCAUUUGAGAAAAUGGAAGGUGAAGAUUUUAGCUAUUUGGAAUUUUUUGGAUUAGUUGGCCCCCCUACUCUUAAUGAUUGGGAGAAUGUUAGGUGUCUAGUAAGUUUUUUCAAAAUUUUCUAUGAUGCUACUAUGGAAUUUUCUUCGUCAAAACAAGUAUCCUUUCAUAAGUCAUUCCACCAACUAGCUUCAAUACAUUGUGAGCUUAAAAGAUCAUCCAUGAACUUGAACAUAAUUUUAGCCUAA